AAAUCGCAAAAUAUUAAAUAAAUAUAUGACACACUUAACAAAAGUUGUAGGUUUUUGUAAGAUUUUUCAGAAAAAAUAAUAAUAUAUAGGGUGUGCCAUUUAGGCAAAUCAAGAUUUUCAAUGCCACAACGAACUAUGUAAGAAGCGUCUGCCGUGCCAAAAGGGUUGAGAAAUUUUGGAAAAUCCAUCGAGAAAGGCGAGUCCCGACUCGCUUACUCCGACGACCUUGACAGGUACUUUUUGUUCCGCCACACCAUUUGCGGCUGAAUAAGCAGUUUAGUACCGGCCCGAACCUGGGUGAUACGAAGUGAAAUAUGGUGAUAAACUAAGACCACAGAACGCAAUGACGUCGACAUUAAAGCUAUGGAUAUUACUUAAGGCGGUUUGGUUCGCACGGAUGGUGUCGGAGGCGGCAGUCAUGCCACCGCCCUGGGCCAACCCCAAACUAAACCCGUGCGCAUCUGAACCUCACGGAUGGCAGUUGCUAUUCUGGCUCCCGGAUGGAAAGUGCUACAAAAUUUUCAAGAUGGGUUACCCGUGCCCGGACGGAAUGGAACUUAGUCCUCUCCCCACCAAAUCGGGUAAACUGCUCGCGGAAUGCCGUUGCCCACCCAAAACCGCUCAAACUCGCGAUGGCGACGAAUGUUACCAACUGUUCACCCGAGGUCCCUGCCAAGAAGGGUAUUAUUUUGCACCGGAGAUCGCCCUCAAAACCAACACAUCAAAGCGCGCGUGGGGCACUUGCAAACAGAUUGCCACCUGCUCAAGUUCGAGCGCCAUCCAUUGGCCGAAAGACGAAAAGUGUUACCAACGGCUUACUCGAGGACCCUGCCCCAAAGGGCAACUAUUGACGGUGGACGCGAACCGAAUCCCCGUCUGCGCGUGCACCAAGAAGAAAGAGUUCCGGGAUUAUCACGCGGAGGACGGGAAUUGCUACCAGCACUUCACCAAAGGGCCGUGCAAAGAAAGGGGCCAUUUGUUUCUACCGGACCGCACGUGCGGCUGCCACAGUUUCCUGCCUCACUUCUCCGACGGCAAUUGUUAUGAAUUAGGUACCGUAGGGCCAUGUAGCAAAGGCGAGAUCUUCACGGUCCUCCCGAAAACCAGUACGGGAGGCUGCGUGUGCAAACCUGGAAACAUCCGCUACAACGAUUCCCCAGCGUGCUAUCGACCGUUCACUCGAGGUCCUUGCGCUAAGGACGAGAUUCUAAUCAACGCCACCACCUGUGUGCCGCAGCCUUGCAAACGGGGCGAGCUACUACAUCCCUCCGAAAACGCGUGCUUUAAAAUCGGCACUAGAGGUACCUGCCCCAAAGGGCAUGUCUUCUCCUACGACUUCGACACCCGGCCCUCAGUAGACGGCGUCUCCUACAACGGCGUAUGCGUGUGUCAGCACAAAGACUGUGACGUCGACGAAGAGGCGGAGUUGGUGUGCGACCGGGCCGAAGGUCUCAUUCGCUACGGCGUCAGAUGUUAUAAAUUGUAUAGUCGAGGUCCGUGCGAGAAAGGGGCGUGGUUAGUUCCGAGACGUCAGGGAAAAGAACUGUUCGACGACGAAGGACAAAGUAGUGACGGUGUAUGUGAAUGCGUGCCGGGUCACUCGAGACUAGUGAGGAGGAUCGACGACGGCCCAGUGAGCGAGUGCGUGUCGCCCGCCUUCCACAUAGCAGAUUAUUUAAACAAUAACUAUACGGCCGGUGUCGAACUGAAUCAAAUGUGAUAAAACUGCUGUGAUAUUUUUGCCAUUGUAACUGUGUAAGGUGAGAGAGGAGAAACUUUCAAAUAUUAAAUGAAGUAACUUCGUUAAAACACAAAUAUCGAGUUCACAAUCUGUUUACAAACAAUUAUUUCUUUUUUGGAAUUUGUGGAAAAAUUAGGAGCUCAACGAAACCGCACGUACGUACACAUUCUUCAAACGAAACACUUAGCAUUCCAUAGUCAAAUUAAGAUUUGAUAUAUAAGAAUGUCAGAACGCGGGCCAGUUUCAGUUAAACUCUGAAGAAACCAACAAGAUGAUUGCCGAAACGUUAACUAGUUUGACUCAACAAAAACCGACGCAGGAGAAAUCCAGAAGAUUUGCAAAUGGUAUUACAGUAACCUAUAGCAGUUGCUUUGAAAAAUUCACCUUCAUACCGUUCAUCACUUUUGAAAACUCACCAUUCCCACAAAAACAAACCAAACAUUUUUAUAGUAGCCCGACAUUUUGUUAAUCUACAUCUAAUAAAAUUUCUACUUUUUAAUUGACUAGUCAAAAACUAUUUUAAAUAACACCAUACAAUUAUAGAGUGUUAUCAUUCAUUAUUUAAUAAUAAUAUGUAUUUUAUAUUAAAUUAUUAUGCGUUUGCGAUGUCCAAUUUACCAAUAUCCGAAUACGGUACUUAGCGAUUCGGGCAAUCCCAAUAAUUUCGUUCCUAGAACGACGCGAUGGCGACGUAACGCACAAUAUAAAUAAAUAAUUUUUAAUUUAAUAGUAUUUCAUUUAAUAGUAUUAAUAGUAUUAUUUCGGUCAACUGACACAAAAAAAAAUUGACCCGUCAAUUCUGCAUGUCAUGGUGGAUACCCCUAGAUCGUAUGGAGUAGUUAAAAGGCCCUUAGAAUGGAUUUAAUCUUCUCAACAAUACGUAAGUAUAAAAAAUGUUGACAAUCAAAAUUACAUACGAAAUUUUAACUCAAACACCGUGAAAAUUUUGGGAUUGCCCAAGCUUCUAUGAACCGUGUGUUUUGCAAAGUUCGCAGAUCACUUGACAUAUAGCUUGUGUCUCAAUUCCUCAAAAUCGGUUGGUUUGAGAUUUUAUCACCCCCAAAAAACAUACACAAUACCAGAAAUUAUGAUCACCGAAAAAACUAAGUUUCUAAACUUCAAAUGCCACUGCCAUCGUCUAGUCUCAAAAAUACAUUCAGAAGCAAUCCAAAUUUACCAAUCUAAUCAAGAGACAGCUGCAAGCUUUGUUUUAAAAAAUUCAAAAUUUUGAGCCUACCAUGUCUGUAUAUCUUAGACAUAUGUCUGUAUCUGUUCAAAAAUAAAAACAAAUUCUUGAGAAACUCAAACUUACGUAAAUUUAAAAUUUCUGUAAAUAUCAGCAUUUUAUCGGAAUCGCCAAAAAAUAGAGUAAUUUUCAACAAGCUACCUACAGAAAUUAAAAAAUGUGAAUUGGAGAAACUAAGCCAAAACUACAGAAUCACUUAGUUGAAAAAUGUUUUUACAAAGUUGGUUUACACCGGACUUUGUUAGAUGACACUUCUUACACAAACUGUAAAUUUGUCUUAUGGAAAUAAACUGAAUGGAACUGACAACUGAGGCGGUGCUCAAUACUUGGCAACAUUGCAACGUCUACCUCUGUUGUAUGUAUAUCUAUGGUUAAAAACUGCCGGUGUUAAAUUUUCACAAAAAAAAAUUGACAAAGGAAGAAGAA